AUGGCUGCCACACGAAAGCUAUACUUGCGCAUCGUAAAUACCAACCGUGAUGAAUCAGUCGAGGUACCGGCACAGGCUACCGAUGAAGAGGUCAAAAGCCUGUUACUAGCUGCUGCUGAUGCCACUCCUGAAAUCGUUACAAUGGCACGAUUGACGCGCUCAUCCGAUAACUCAGUACUCGCCAUCAACAAAUUCAUACCUGCUAAUGAUGCUAACGAUCGAUAUCGCCUGGAAAUUAAACAAGGCGAAAAGAAUAGACAACUUGAUGACCUAACCACCCAAUUCACUGACGUCCUCGCCGCAAACCUGACUGUAAAAGACGUCACCGAACUCAAAGACUCGCUGACCGUCAUCCGUCGCAAACUCGACGACUUGGACAAGACAAUUUCCACAGCUACAGGAACAAUUCCGAAAGCUCCUCGUCAAGUAGUCAAACGAGUCUCGAAACUUGAUCCUCGAUUCACCACCAGUCCUAAAUACAUCUUGUCUGAAGAAACAAAGAUGUAUUUGAAGCAACCGACUUUUGAUAACUGGUUGUGGGAUGAGAAUGAAAUUACUGUCUUGCUCGAAACUAUCUUUGAGGAAAUGGGCUUGAUUCAGGAUUUCAAUAUUGAGGCUGCUGCGUUAAGGCGGUUUUUGAAUGCCAUCAAGGAUAAUUACAACCACAAUCCCUUCCAUAACUUCAGACAUUGCUUCUGUGUCACGCAAAUGAUGUAUGGAAUCCUAAACAGGACUGGCGUCCUUCGGAAAUUCAAGCCCCUAGACCGUUUAGUCCUUACAGUUGCAUGCAUCGGUCACGAUCUCGACCACCCCGGCUACAACAACGCCUACCAAAUCAACGCCAAAACCGAACUGGCGACCAUCUACAAUGAUCAAUCACCACUCGAAAACCACCACUGUGCAAUGCUCUUCGCCAUCUUGCGAAACCCUGAAUGUGACAUACUCAAGAAUCUGCCUGAUGCAGUCUUCCGUGAUGCCCGCAGAAACAUUAUUAAAUGUAUCCUUGCAACGGAUAUGGCCAAACAUGGUGAAAUUAUGGCACAGUUCAAGAAGGUUUCUGAGAAUUUCAACUUUGAGGAUGCUGAACACAAGAUCUUGCUCAUGCAAAUGAUUAUUAAAUGCUCCGACAUUUCCAACGAAGUGCGACCAAACGAUGUAGCUGAACCAUGGGUAGACUGCUUGUUACAAGAAUUCUUCUCCCAAUCUGAUCGUGAAAAGGCAGAAGGGUUGCCAACUGCUCCAUUCAUGGAUCGUGAAAAAGUCACUAAACCUGGUGCUCAAGUCGGAUUCAUUGGUUUCGUCAUGAUCCCACUGUACGAAUUAGCUGCCAAAGUCCUCCCUGAUAUGGAAGAUGAGAUAAUAAGGCCAAUUCGAGACUCUUUGACCUACUACAAGGAGAUGCAAGUGAAAAUGGAUGCAGCCAAGAAGGCCGAAGAAAAGAAAUGA